AUGUCAGCGCAUUCGGGGGGGACGGGUCAUGGCCCGAGGACCAGGCUUUUGGCAUCUUUUGCCACAGCACUAGAGGGGGAGAAAAAGAGCACAGCACAGCUGAAAUCCGAAGGCGCACUGAAAUCGAACCAGCCGACUAUUGCCUCUGUUUUGAAACUGGACGUCAACAAGCCUACGGAACAGAAUAUUGCGAAUAACAUCAUCUCACGCUUUAAUAAUCAAUACUUUCAGCGUAUACUAGUCGAGUUAAUCGUCAGUAGCAACCAGUCCUUGUUAUUCGCCGAGAAACCUAUCCUCCAAGAAAUCUUCGACUAUUUGAAUCCCUCCAUUUCGAUCCAACGGGCCAACUUGACUGCCAGAGCAGUCCGAUAUAAGAUCAUUCAAGAGUAUAACCGCCAUAGGCAGAAUGUUAUCGAGGUGUUAAGGAACUCCCCUGGAGCGCUUCAUAUCUCAUUUGAUGGCUGGACAUUUCGAAAUAAGCUGGCCCUGUACGGCAUUGCUUGCUUUUUCAGAGAUGAGAAGAAUCGGCCAUGCAAAAUCAUAAUUGGGGUUCCAGAGGCUCAUCGUCACUUCGGGUCCACAAUCGGUGGAGACGCUCUCGACAUCCUACACACCCUUGGCGUAAGUUCAGAAAAGAUUGGCUAUUUCACGCUCGGCAAUGCUGAAAACAACAAUACUGCCAUGGAGGUCAUUGGUGCUGAGCUUGGGUUCGAUAGCCGACUACAUCGAGGACGCUGUAUUGGCACCAUAAUUAACUUGUCAGCCAAGGCGCUCUUAUUUGGAAUAAACACCGAUGCGUUCGAGCAGCAAUUAUCAGGCGCAGAGGCGUUAUCUGAUACUGAAUACGCUCGAUGGCGCAAAAAGGGACCAGUUGGCAAGUUACACAACAUUGUAGUUGAUGUGCGUAUUAGCCAUCGGCUGAUUUACUUAUUCCGCCAUGGUAGUGAGAACUUGGUCCAACAACGGAAAAACCAUAGCCAAAAUACAAAAGAAAGGAAUCGUAUUGCGGCCAGCAAAUUCCGAACUAAGAAGCGAGAACAUACGCUAAGAGUCCAGUCAGAGGAGCAAGAGUUGGAACGAACCAAUCAUGCCCUGUCCAUCUACGUAGCCAACUUGACUCAUGAGGUCCAGGAGCUAAAGAUGAAGCUAUUACAACAUACCGGUUGCGACUGCUCGCUCAUCCAUGAAUACCUUGCCACAGAGGCCCAGCAUUACGUUUGUGAACUCAGUGAGCAAUCGUAG